ACUUUCUGCAGACUGAGCACAAAAUGCGCUUCAAUUAAACACAUUUCGGUUUAUUCCAGGCUGCAGAAUUUGUUCGGUUUGUAUACAUUUUUCAGCACUGCUCUGCUUUCGCUCCUCCAAACAAUCCGUUAUGGAGAAAGACACUGGUCCGGUUCUGGCGACAGAGAGGUAUGGCAGUGCAGAGUCCUGGAAGUAUUCAGCAAAGGAUGGAGUGAUGGAGAGGAGAAGAGAUGGUAGUGAAAGUGAAUCCAGAGGAAACACCGUUAUUGGAGUUUUUAAAAGUGUUUUUCUGCCUCAAGGCUACCCAGAGAGUGUCAGCAACGAUUACCUGCAGUACCAGUUUUGGGACACUGUGCAGGCUUUCUCCAGCUCGCUGUCAGGGACUCUGGCCACUCAGGCCUCUCUCAAAGGUGUCGGGGUUGGAAACCAAGAGGCAACAGUAGCUGCAGCCACAGUCACAUGGCUACUUAGAGAUGGAACUGGCAUGUUGGGAAGAAUCCUCUUUGCUUGGCAGAAAGGAAAUAAACUGGACUCAGAGGCCAAAAAAUGGAGACUUUUUGCUGACGUUCUCAACGACAUUGCCAUGUUCAUGGAAAUAUUGGCUCCAUACUUUCCUGCUUUCUUCAUUCUGAUUGUGUGCACAGCUGGGAUAUUCAAGUCCAUCGUUGGAGUGGCAGGCGGUGCAACCAGAGCUGCUCUGACUGUUCAUCAGGCUCGCAGAGACAACAUGGCCGACAUCUCGGCCAAAGACGGCAGUCAGGAGACUCUAGUCAAUCUGGCUGGACUGCUGAUUAGUUUGAUACUCAUUCCCCUGGUCACUGAUAAUCCACUACUGACUCUCAGCCUCUUCUUUCUCUUCACCGUCCUCCAUCUCUUUGCCAACUACAAGGCCGUGCGGUCGGUCGUCAUGGAGACCUUCAAUGAGGCGCGGCUUUCAAUCGUUCUGCGGCAGUACCUGAGAGACAAACGGAUCCUGAGCCCACAAGAGGCCAAUCAAAGAGAACCAGUUUUCAUCGAGUUCAGAAACACUGUGCCUAUCAAACUUGGAGUGAGGCUACAGGAGGUUCUACAGAGGCCAGAGGAACUUAAUCUAGCUUUGGAGCAAAACAACAUGCCUUACCUGUUAGGAGUUCAAAAUGGUUGUGUUUGUGUUUGUUUGCGGCCGGAAGCAUCAGUGCAUGAUGAAAUCAGAGCAAUGUGCCAAGCUGUUUGGCUCAGCAGCAAGUUGAUCACUUCAACUUCAAGAGAAACCCUGAAACAACAAAAGCAAAGUCACUGGGAAAUGGUGCACGAGAGUCACAAGCUGAUGGACACUGUUUUCAGUCCUUUUCUCAAAGGAGUGGAAGCUGCGGGAUGGGACACAAAGAGAAAUCUGUUGGACUGGGAUGAGUGGAGGGUCGAAUGGAAAACUAAAAGCAACUGAGCAAGAACAUCAAAUACCAUUUGAAAAUGUUAAUAUUUCAUUUUUUUCCCCUAAAUUUUUAAUAAAUAUUGAUAUUUUCAUGCAA